CACGUCAAUUUUGCAGACGACAGUGGUUGAAAGAGUUCGCAAAAUGUUUGAAGUUACUGAUUUUCAGAAGAUUGGCAUAGGACUGACCGGCUUUGGAGCUUUCUUUUUAUUCCUUGGAAUCAUAUUUCUAUUCGACAAAGGACUUCUUGCUAUUGGAAAUAUCCUUUUUCUCGCUGGUCUAGCCUGCGUAAUUGGCCUUGAAAGAACCUUCCGCUUCUUCUUCCAGCAACAUAAAUGGAAAGCAACGGGAUUCUUCAUCGGAGGGAUGGUUAUCGUUCUGAUAGGAUGGCCCCUUGUUGGCAUGAUCCUUGAAACAUAUGGAUUUUUCUUAUUAUUUGGUGGUUUCUUCCCAGUAGUCAUAAACUUCCUUCGUAGAGUACCUGUACUUAGCACCAUUUUAAAUCUACCUGGCAUCAGUGGGAGAAUUUUUUUUUCUAAGACUAGACUUGUGAACAAGUCUUUAAUGAUCUGUCACGAUGAGAUAGUCAAGUCUUGGUGGAUCGAAUACUGCUCUGGCUAGAUUACUUCUCUCGCGCGAAUCUGACGAAUACUACUGUGUAGUUGUGAGAGCAGUAGUCUCUGGGGUGCCGGGACUGCCGGAGGUCUCGUGAGAAUAUCGCCAGUGUCACACGAAUCGCGGAGAGAGCCGGAAUGCUAUCACCGCGACAGACAUUUAACGACUUGUCCACAAGUCUAGUUUAAGACUAGUAGAUUGGCAAUGUGUUUGUGUAUCUGAGAUACACUCUAGUUCCUCAGGGUUCUAUGUUUGGACCCCAUUCAUCAGUCAACCCUUCUACAUGUCUUUCUUUUAUCAUUAUCACAGUUUUGUUUCUUUUCAUUUGUUUUGUUUUC